GUUUCCAGUGCGGGUCAGUUCCGUGCGUGUCUCUAUGUUGGGCGUCUUCCGCUCGCCGUCUCCGUGUGCCUUCGCAUUGGGAGUGCCUCGAUUUCUCACGUCAUGUGCGUUGCAGCGCGGCGUUCGAAGUGGCAGUUUUCAAACUCGCCAACCAGAGCGAAGCAUGUGCUUGUGGGCAGCGGCAACACAGGCGGCGCCACGGCGGGCGGACAAGCCAGCUGCAGCAGCAGGGGUAGAAGAGGACGACGUAGAAGUGUUCGAGAACGAGCUGGACGCGAUGGUGGUGGAAGGCGAUGGUGACGAUGCGACACCAGAAGGACGUCCUUCCUCGCCGAGAAGACUGAGCCUGCUCGAGUCGAACGUCAACAUCCUCGAGCAAGACUGCAAGGUGGCGCAGCUGUUUGUGGACGCGGCAGCCUCACGCAAGGACAAUCUCUACCUAGGGCUCGACAUCAGCACGCAGAGCACAGGCUACGCCGUCCUCCGACCUUCCACGGCAACGAUGUCCAACCUUGGGGGUCACUGCCUUUCGGAUGACGUCUCUCAUGCUGAUAGGCCGGGGUUGUUGCGAGAGAUGGGUGAGGCUAAUCUUGUGGAGUGGGGCUGCAUCUCUGGCAACGGCAGCGAUGGGAAGAAGGGGGACGAGAUCGACGUGGGUAUUAUCGUGGAGGAAGUAUUGGUCCAGGUGGCGGAAAGGUGUGUUCGAAGUACGGGUGGGAAGGCACCAGCAGCGUCGGUAACAACGUCGGAGCUUGAGGAGAGCGUCGGCAGCGGGUGUGCCGUAAAGGGGUACAAGAAGACAGGAGAUGCAGGAGACGACCUGCAGCCUGAAGCAGAUGACAAGGGGCGGGUUUGGGUGGUUGGUGUGGAAGACUUCAUGCGGAGAUUCUUGCCGGGGAGGUCGAACGCAAAGUCUAUCUUUGCGCUAGCGCAGCUGAACGGCAUCAUCAAGUACGCCUGCCACAAGCACCUAGGCGUGAAAGCGAACAGCUUUCACCCUUCAACACCGCGGUCGUUCUACAGCCUCACCAAGAACAAGCCCGAAGGCAAGGAUAUGAAGCAAAUCGUGCACGACUUCGCGCUUAGCCAGGAAAACGGGGCCUUACAUUCCAGGUACGAGUGGCCACUGUCUCCCGACGGUUCGAAGGCGGACGCUAGCUACGACAUUACGGACGCCUACCUGAUCGCGCGAUAUUCGUGGCAUAGAGAUGUCUUCCGGGCAGUGGCCGACAACAGCGCUGCCAAAGACAGAUUCGCGGAGAGCUUCCGGUCGCUGCACAGCAAGAACCUGCUAGCCGCCGAGAAGCGGGCUAUCGAGAUGUUCAUCAACGGAGACAUGCCUGCGGCGAAGGGGAAGAAGAAACUCAAGCCCAUGACCGAGCGGAGCGCGAGGAAUGCGCACCGAAAGCUUCAAGACGCCAGAUUCACCAGAGCGUACGAGACGGCUCUCAUGGAGUGGUUUCAGCAACGAGUGCUCGGGGCCGGGUUGUGACAAGAAAUGUCGUGUCGGCUUCCAGCUGAAUACCCACCGUGGAGUGUAGUAGUGUAGUGCAGUCCGAGGUUCAUCGUAGCGUGAUGUGCGAUGUUGUCUCUCUCCCUCGCAGAGUCAGGGAGAGAAGAGCUGCAUCUGUUGCGAUGCUAGUUCUAGAGGAUAUUAAAUGGCUGGAGAGCAUGUACAAUGUUAGAAAGCGGGGUGAAACCCUUGUCGCGUCGAAAGAGUCGGCUUACGCUGUGAGGUAAGGUGUCCAAGUUUGUGGUGUCAAGGUUGAUUUGAGCGUGUACAUGCAUGUCAGGGGUACUACUGAUGUACACGUUGUAUGUCGUGGCCAACGGCGGCACUUGUCUGUCCGGUCUUAUCAUGCAGCAGCAGCAGUACCGACACGUGACAGACGAUUUCAAGCACGCUUUUGGCAUGUUUUCGUGCAACUACAACAACACUUGCAAAAACGCAGCGUGUCUCGCGGCGCGUGCUGAUUUAAAAAGAGAUUUAUGCAAAUAACAACGGUCACCAGGGACAGAUAAGGUAAGACAGUGCACGCCCUACUGAAACCAUAAUUCGCACCUUUGGCACGAUAAUUCGUACUGGUACACCCAACAUUUUCUGCAAGACUACAAUAUGUACGACACAGACCAUUCUCUAGCGUCCACUGCCCUCUGUGCUUCCCUACCGCCACCCCCCCGCACUGCACAAACCCUUACCCAACAAACAUCCAUCAAACCUACGGGGGUAGCACAGACGUGCUAGACGCCGAAAACUAGUCAAAGAGUUAGCAUGCCACUUGACCAAGGGAAGCAAUCCAACCGCCCGGCCUGCAGAUGCCAACACACAAAAGAAAAAAAGUUUACUGACAGAGAAACUUCACACGCCUAGUCCGCACGGCAUGCAUGCGCUUGGGCAUAACAAACAUGAUGCCAGACUCAAGCAAGGGUUGUGUCAGUGGCUGAUUUCUCAUGGCUCUCAACAAACAACCUUGGAGCGCAUCACCGUGCACGAUGCCACAGCCGUAGUCAUCACGAAACUGAGGCAUGCGAUAGUCUACUCCAAGUCAGCUCGCAAAUCCGCUCGCCCGCUCGAUGGCACACGAGGCGCCGGUGCACAACAAACCAAAAAAUGGACGAACGAACGAUA